UUAUGAUGAAAAACCACGCUAUUUGGAAGCAUUUACACGUAAUAACGCGCCAGCUCACGAUUGGGGACCAAAGAAGAAUGCGAAUCGUAUCGGAAAUUACGCACAUUUGAAUAAAAAUUUGCAACCAAUGAAAGAUUAUCCAACGACCCCUCAAAAAGUGUUUAGCGAUGCAUCACUAUCAUUGACAUUGCCGCCAAUAAACGGUGCAGUGAAUCAAAAUUACCAAGAUGAUAACGGGAGUACGCACAACGAAUGA